AUUUUUCAUUUUUGUACGUUAUUAAAUCAGUAAAAGAAUGCUAAUUUGUAUUGUUAUUGCAUAAUUAAAGUGUGUUGGAGUAUUGUGCCAGUUAAUUAGUCAAUUAAUCUAACAACUCACUGUAAUUUAUAUCAUGGUGCCAGAAAAUAAGUAAAAUGUCAACGGAAAAUUGCUUGGUGAAAGCAAUAUAUUCUUUUAAGGGUAAAAACAAUGACGAGCUAUGUUUCAAAAAAGGCGAUAUUAUUACUGUUACCCAAAAAGAAGAAGGUGGAUGGUGGGAGGGCACUUUGGGUGAAACGACGGGCUGGUUUCCAAGCAACUAUGUAACUGAACAUAAAGAUCCAUCAGGAAGUGUGACAACAUCUCCAAUUCGGGCAGCAUCAGAAAUACAGGCAUUCAGAAAUGUAGUUCUCAAAGAUAUAAUAGACUCAGAAAAGGCCCAUGUGGCUGAAAUGCAGGGCCUUGUCAGUAAUUUUUUACAACCUUUGGAGAAAAGUGACAUGCUGACCAGGGAUGAGUUCAAACAAUUGACAGGCAAUAUCAAUGAAGUUCUACAAGUACAUGAGCAGUUCCUGGGCCUGCUAGACGAAUGUGCAACAAAGACUGGGCCAGACCAGCGAGUGGGAGGCCUCUUUUUACAAUGGGCUCCUAAAAUUAAGACUGUUCACCAAACUUACUGUGCCGGCCAUCCCAAAGCUGUCUGCAUUCUUGAUAAGUACAAAGAGGAACUGAACACAUGGAUGGAAGAAGCUGGGGCUGUUUGUCCUGGGGUGCUUGUAUUGACAGCUGGCUUAUCCAAGCCAUUCCGAAGGUUGGGCAAGUACCCAGCAAUGCUGCAAGAGUUGGCUAGGCAUGUCCAUGAGGCCCAUCCAGACAGGGGUGACACUCACCGAGCAUCAGUUGUUUACAAAGAUAUAGCUAGUGGUUGCGCAGCAUUACGUCGCCAGAAGGAAUUGGAGCUCCAAGUAGUGACUGGUGAAGUGCGAGGGUGGCCUGGCGGUGAGCUGGCCUCUCUUGGUGACGUGUUACACAUGGGCAGUGUUGCCGUUGGCCCCUCGCAUCAAGAUCGCUAUCUCGUUCUCUUCCCUUCUGCGCUUCUGCUAUUGUCUGUAAGCAAGAGAGUGUCUGCGUUUGUUUAUGAAGGUUGUCUUCCACUGACAGGCAUAACUGUCUCCAAAUUAGAUGAUACAGAUACCAGAAAGAAUGCAUUUGAAAUAGGUGGCCCAAUGAUAGAUACCAUUGUGGCAGUUUGUCAAACAAGAGCUGAAGCUGACAACUGGGUGAGCCUGUUGCAGAAGCACUCUAACACCAGCAGUCCAGCUCAUGAGCCGGGACAACCACAAUCACUACCACAUAUGGCCAUGAGCGACAGCAAUAACUCUGAUUUAUCGUCUGGUCUAACAAACCACAAAAGAUCACAUUCAUUCAACAAUCAUCAAAGCUACACACAACAUACGCAACAAACGCAGAAAAACAAACAAAAGAAUCAGUCUGCGCGCUGGCUAUUAAAUUCGUGCGACUCUCUCGACCAAUCACCCGCCAAGCCAAACAAAACUCCUAUCGGCAAAAAGUUUUCAUCUGUUGAUUUCAUCGACACGGCUGGAUCGAACUACAGCAAUAAAGGGUGGAGCAUAACAUGUUUACGGCCGGCGCCGCCUCUCCGGCCGCAAUCAUUCACGGUCGGUUCGGACGAAAACAUUGGACCGACGCACCCUUAUGCGCCGCAUCAACGGAAGUCCAAUUCUUAUGAAGAGGACGCCCUUAUAUUAAAGGUUAUAGAAGCUUACUGCACCUCGGCGCGCUGUAGGAACGCUGUAAGUUCAGUGGACUGCGGCCACUUAUCGCUCGGUAAAGUACAAUAUCACGCACCCGCUACUAACAUCCCUCACUAUAACUACACUAAACUUCCGACCGUCCAGCGAAGUAACACGCCCGAAUACUCCGGCUGUACUAAAACGACCAAAGUAAAACGUAACAAAAGCUCUUCUGCGGCGGACGCGUACUUGUAUCGCGGGCCGGACACGAGGAGGCUGUUGUCGGACAGGAAGUUCGACAUGAACCGCUCGAACCCCAACCUGUGGGAGUGCUCGGAAGAGCGGCGACAGAAGUUGAUGUGCGGGCGCGAGCGCCGCAGCGGCUCGCACCCCAGCCUGGUGCCGCUGCGGCUGGCGCGGCCCGCGCCGCCCGCCGCGCCCGCGCCCGCCCGCUCCGCGCGCUCCUCCACCUGGUGCUGCGGCACCUUCGUCAAACAACUUACCAAAUCACAUCAUUUCGAUUGACAUAAGUAGAAAACCUAGUUAUAUGCUCAAUUGUUGUUCCUACAUAUCAAUCACUCGUUUCGCUGUUCGCUCGGAUUACCCCCAUGUCUUUAACCACGUCAUGUGUUCCCGUGACAGGUGUGACCAUUGAAUCUGUUUCAUUUUCAAAUUUUACAUUUAACCAAAGCUGAUCCCAUUGACUAAUAUUGUAAUUGUUUGUUUUUAUUUGAAUAAUUGCAUCCUCAUUUCAUUGUAGCUGAUCAUUAUAACUAAAUGUAAUGUAUUGCGAGAAAGUUGCAAGCAAGGCGAAUGUCUGACUCAGAAUAUUCGCUUUGGUUACAACUUCGUACUAGUGCCAUUGAUGUAGUCUUAGUGUAACCGACGAUAAGCGUGUUAUCUAUGUUUACAUAGAUUUUUCAUAUACAAAUGCAUGUGUGCAGUAUUAUUUAGUAAUUAGACAGAGUAUUUUAAAUAUUGCUUGUAUAUUUUACAAAUAUAUUUUUGUGGUGCAUUAAAUUAUAGCAUAAUUUGCAUGGUUAUGCUUACCGCAACUUGUAGAUUAUUGUAAGGAAAGUAAAGUAAUUAAUAUAUUCAAUGUGUAUGAUGUAUGUUAUAGACUAUAUUCACGAGUUUGUGAAUCAAUAAUGGAAUGAUGCCAAGGACACGUUAUUUUUCUUGGAAGUUUGACUUUAUGAUUGAAAUCCAUUAAAUGCCAAAUGGUGCUUUUUACGCAGACGACUACUAGAAGUCACUAAAAUGUCGUUAAUUUGUUAAAUAUAUACUAGAUUUUGAUUAUAAAGAUUUUUUUAUGUAUUGUCUUAUUCAAGGUGAAUAAUCGAAUUUGCUCCUCAAUAUUUACAACGACGAGGCUGGCACUGGUUUCAUACUAUCAAUAUCACAAAGUAUCAAUAGGUAUAUGUGAUUAUAGUUACUAUAUACCUAGCUAAUUGAAUAAAAAAUAUGCAACCAUUAAGUUUAAACGUUACAUAAGACUCACUCUAACGUUUGAAGCUUUGUUAAUUAAUGAACACCUUGAUAAAAGACUAUAAAGCACGAGCAGAAGGUAUGUGCUCGUAGGGAGAUGGCUAAUAGAGACAAGUGGAGCAAGUUAUUAGGUUGUGCGGCGGCGGCGGGUAAUCACAGCGGGCAGCAGUGCCCGCCGCGUGCCAUUCAUUUAAUAUUGAACAGGAUAGCGCAAUGCACUGCUCGCUACAUUUACAUACGAACGUUAGCACCAGUGCCAACUGCAAUACAGCCCGCGCUUACACUUGCUUCAUUGUAGCACUUAUCUUUCUAUGUACAACGCUUUCUUUGUCAUCCUUUUCUUGUCUCGAAAGAUUUAAUCUCAAGAAAAUUAUUUAUAUUGUAUUAUUAAAUAGUAGUUGGUUCGAGAUGUUUAUCUUAAAACAGAUGACAUUACGUAUAGGUACUAGAUAUUUGCGUCACCGGCAAGUAUAUUAUAAGAACUGAUUCAGCGGAGCGCUAUUCCCACAGCCCAUUAGGGAAAAGAGCUAAAAAUAGUGAAGCUUGUCAAGCAUAUGCUGGCACUGAUUAAUUGAAGUGGAAACUGGAAAUCCGCCUUAUGCUGCUCGCACACAUCGGCUCUUGCACUGAUUACUCUUUAAUUUUAAUUAAAUAUUUAAAUUUAAAAAUCUUUGAAUAUCUGCAGAUAUUCAGCCUGUGCGAGCUGUUACUCACUUCGUUAUAAUUACAUUUUGCAUUCUUCCAACGCUGCAUAACAAAAAUAAAGACAAUUUUCAACGCAACUUAAAUAAAAGUUUUUUUGAAGUAUUACGCAGUAAAAUCGUGAUAAGUUUUCGUAACAACAGUAACGUGUGGUUGCAAAGCUUUGACAUUGGUUUGCUUUCACUAGGUGAGAUCAUUGACACGGAGAUAUCGAUUUAUUGUUGGUCGCGCUUAAUGUACCUACAAAGCCUGUGCCUAGCUUACUCUGCUCUGAUCUGACACUGUGAACUACACUCGUUUCAAGAGUGUUUGAGUAGCCUUUUGGCUUUAUUUAGUACGUAAUUAGCACAUUAUCGAUAAAAUUAAAAUAUUGCAUAUCUAUUUAUGUACUGGUGCGUGCAAUUUUUUUCACAUUUAUUUAUUGUGGCGAUGUGUUUCGAUAGAAUUGAUAUUAUACAUUUAGGUAAUUUGAAAAGAUGUACAUUUUCUAAGUGUUAAACUGCUUUUGCCGAUUUAAAAAUUUAUCUUUGAUAGGUACAUAUUAACUUUAUAUUAUAUGAAUGAUAAUUACAUAUUUUCAAUGUAUGUAGUAUAUUAACAAUAUUAUAGUGUGUAUUUUUUGUGUACCUAUGUUAUGUAUUAAACAAUUAUACUAUGUCUAACAAACGAAUGCCUUUAUAGUCGGAUAUAAUCCAUUAAUUUCUGUUUAAAUACGUGUUGUGUUGUUAGUCAUCUCUUUGUUAUUAAAACAAAAGAACUAUGUAUAACAUAUUUAGUUCCAUCAAAGUGGAAUAUCAUUAUGUAUGUUAAUAUAAUAGCCUCAUAAUAUUGUGUGUUUUCACUGCUUUUGUGCCCAUUUUAAGAGAUAAAUAUCUCGCGCAUAACACACAUUUUGAUAUUAUCAAAAGUUUGCAUUACGUUCUGAAUGUCUGUGUAAUGGUAAGGAUCAUAUUGUACAACUUGUUCCUCGUCUUGUUAAAAUGUUUGUCAUUAAAUGAAUAUAUUGAUUCCACUUUUAAAUACGAAUGCACUAGUUUAAUUUGUACAUGGAUGAGGUAUAAGUUAUUGGAAAAUUCAUUUAUCCUAUUAUAUAUUACAAUUCUAAUAGUCUUUAUAUGUUAACGAAAUUGUGUGGUACAAUAUUAUAUUUAUUUUUCUAUGGAA